AUGAAGAUGAACACUAGUCCAAAAGUUUCCAUUCUCAUCAUCCUCACACUAAUUUCAUGUGCCAUAGCACAACCUUCGUCGUGCAACCCUAGUGGGAAGAUUGAAGGCAUAAAACCACCACCAGGGAAAUGCAAAAUAGGCUAUCAGUCAGAAUGUUGCAAGCCUGGAAAGUCGUACACAACUUACAAGUGCUCGCCUUCCAUUUCAGGCAAGACGAAAGCAGUUCUAACUAUCAACAGUUUCCAAAAAGGCGGUGAUGGUGGUGGAAAAUCCGAAUGUGACAACAAGUACCAUUCAGAUAACACACCGGUGGUUGCACUCUCAACAGGUUGGUUCAGUGGCGAAAAGAGGUGUAUGCAGAACAUAACAAUUUAUGGGAACGGUAGGAAAACGAAUGCUAUGGUUGUCGAUGAGUGUGAUUCCACAAUGGGAUGUGACGAUGUUCAUGACUAUCAACCACCCUGUGCUAACAACAUUGUUGACGCGUCCAAAGCUGUUUGGAAGGCAUUAGGAGUACCUAAGAAGCAAUGGGGAGAACUUGAUAUAUUCUGGUCUGAUUAA